AUGACACCGCGCCCCUGCCAGGGCUACCUGUGCCACCUGCGCCACCUGUGCCACCCACGCCUCGCCGGUGGCCUUCUCCUUCUUUACGUGCAAGGCCUCGCUGAGAAAUGUCUGAAAUCGGGUAGAGCAUCCGCUGCGCACCUGUGGUUCUGGAACCCGCGUGUUGACCCGCUGGGUAGCCACGCCCACGCGACGCGCAUCAUACCCCACUCCCCUCUCUUUGACUCAUCAAGAUUUCCCUCUCCGCCUCCCUCUGUCCGGGGAUCCCUGUUGUAUCGGCGCGCAGUGGCGGUGCUGGAGGAGCUCAAGGCGGAGUGGGGCGCGUUUCCGGGGAGUGCCACCUGGCAGAGCGGCAGAGAGUGCGCGCGGAUGGCAGGAGUGACGUGCGACAAGAAUGGCAACGUGCAGAAGCUUGUGUUGAGUCGGAGGCAGCUCACCGGAUCGCUACCCGAGUCCCUCGGCUACCUUGCAGCUCUUCAGCACCUGGACUUGAGCAACAACAGGCUGUAUGGCUCCAUUCCCCUCUACAUCACCGGACUUCCCGACCUGAAGCUUCUCAACCUGCGCAACAACCAGAUUUCCGACUUUCUCCCGUCCGACUGGUCACCAUCCCUCGCCACGCUACUCCUCGACAGCAACUACCUCUACGGCGAAGCCAGGCUCUCCUACUGCCCCAGCACCCUCUCCCUCCGCUCCAACUGCCUCACCUUCCCUUCCCCCACCUCGUCCCCGCCCUCCUCCCCCUCCUCCUCCUUCCGCUGCGCCCGCCACACCCAGCGACCCCUCUCUGCCUGCCUCGCCUUCUGCGGUCUCAUCUCCCUGGAUCAGAAGCCCUGCUCGGCCGUCGGAACAUGCCGGCUGGACAAGGCAGGCAAGCCCACGUGUGCGUGUGAGGACGGGUACGUGACCCGCGUCUCACCGGGGUCCUGUGUGCCGGAGGCGCAGACUGCGUCCUUCUCGCUCUCGCUCGCCGACUCGCCCCCUGUGCGCCUCAAGGGCUAUGCUUCCUUGGUGGGCGGAAGGGACGUACCUGGGGUCAUGUCGUCACUGCAGUCACCCAACCCGCUUCCAAAGGUAAACACUGCCAACGCAGCCAGCACUGCCGGCACCGCCAGCAUUACCAGCGCCAGCAGCACUGCCGAUCUGGUAGAUCCGGGUGGGCCAGGUGUGGACCCCGGUCCAAAGUUUGACGUACCACCACCCUCUCCUUCUCCUUCUCCUUCGCCUUCACCGGCACCGCUGCCACCGCCUUACAGCUCGUCAGAUAAGCUUGUGGUGAGCCCGGCUGUGCGCGGGGCGUGGGGCGCCGUCACGCUGCUGCCGCUCGUCACGCUCUUCACCCUCCCGUCCGCGAAAGACCCCUGUGGUUACCAGCUCGCCUUUAACUUCUCCUUCGCCUUCUCCAUGUCUUCCCAAACCAGGAAACUCGACGCUGCCUCCUCGUCCUCUUCUUCUUCCUCCUCCUCCUCCUCCUCCUCCUCCUCCUCCUCCUCCUCCUCCUCCUCCUCCUCCUCCUCCUCCUCCUCCUCCUCCUCCUCCUCCUCCUCCUCCUCCUCCUCCUCCUCCUCCUCCUCCUCCUCCUCCUCCUCCUCCUCCUCCUCCUCCUCCUCCACCACCACCAUUUCGUUCCCCUUCCUCUCCUCCACAGCUGCAAGAGUAGCAGCAGCAGCCGGAACAGCAGGGGACGGGCUAGCCUUUGUGAUAAGUGCAACGGAGCCGACAGGGGGGCCAGGCAUGGGGUACAAGGGCAUGGGCAAGAGGAGCGUGGCAGUGGAGUUAGACACGCGGAAGGACGCCUGGAAUGGUGACCCGGAUAGCAACCACGUGGGGGUCAACUUGGGGGGCAACAGCCGGUCGAUUGCCACAGCUUCACCGAACAACUUGGUCCUGAACAGUGGAGUGUUGCGGCAUGUAUGGAUCAUGACCACCGUGUGCUCUGGUGGGAGCUGCAGACAGCUCACCCUCCUCUCCACCCCUCCACCAGGCCCAUCGGAUCCCUGCUUUGGCAUCUCUCGCCUGUCCCCUACCCGUGUCUACUGUCGCUCCGAUGUGUCCUCCUGCCCUGGGGAGGCCAUGGGGUUUGCCGGUGUUGGAGGUGCCACUGGUGGUGGUGUGGGUGGUGGUGCUACUGACGUAUUCACCAACGAGUUUGUACCAAGAGAAGGAGAUGGUGGGGGAGGGGAAGGAGGAGGGGGGCAACAGCAAGAAGGGAAGACUGGAGGCUGCGUAGUUGGCGACAGGAACCCAUGUGUCGUGGGCAACUGCGUGAACGACGGGUACGGCUCAUACACCUGUGUGUGCCCACCCUUCUUCUAUCUCGGCACCUCCGAUAUCAGCGCCCCCUCCUGCGCCCCUGGCGUCGGCAUGAGCUUUUUCCUUGUGACAGUGGCCACAAUGUGGUGUUACCACAUCCACCCCAUCUAUGGCCUCACACUCGCCCAGUUCCUGUACCAAAACGGGGGACUGUCAUGCGAUGUGCCCUUGCCAGUGGGCACAUUGGUCAGUGUGAAGCCCAACACUGACCUCACGCCCUGCUCCGCCUUCUACACCACGGUCCAGGUCAGGGCACUAUGUUGGAGUCACUUUUCAGAGUUCUUGAAUACGCUCUUCUUGCCUUCGUCGCAUCCUGCGCCACUUCUCCCCGCUCGCCCCCUCCUCCCUCUGUUUCUUCUGCUACCUCCCCACGUCUCCUCCUAUUCCCCCUUCUCCUCCCCUCGUCUCCUCCUCCCCUCCUCCCCUCCUCCGCUCCUCCCCUUCUCCCCUCGUCCCCUCGUGCCAUGCGCUGUUGUGCCGUGCACACACCCGCAUUCUCUUUCUCUUCAUCACCCUUCCUCUCCAUCUCCCCCUCCCUCUUCCUCAUUCAAUUCCUUUCCCCCCCCCGCCUGGCCCCCACUUUCUCUCUACCUCCUUCCCUUUCCUCUUCAUCUCCCUCUCCCCUCCCGUCUCCCUUUCCCCUUUUCCUCUGUUUCCUCCCUUUCCUCCCGUUCCUCCCUUUCCUCCAUUCCUUCCCUUUCCUUCCCCUCCUCCCCCUCCUCCCCGUCCUCUUCCCUCUCCCCACCCUGCUUUCUUUCUGUCUUUCCCUGCUCCCACCUCUCAUUUUUCCUUCCUUCCCCGCACGUGCUUUCGUGCCUUGCCUCCCUACCCCUCCCUUCCCCCCCUUUCCUCAACCACCUCCCUACACAACCCCACCAGAGCGACACGUGUGAGUCCAUUGCCUCCCUCUUCUCUCUCACCGCCUCCUGCCCAGACCCCUCCCAGCCCUGCACCACCGACCUCCUGAGCCUCAACCCGGGCCUCGACUGCACUGUCAAGCUCCCUACAGGCCUCUCCAUCUGCCUGGAGCGUACCACCCCUCUCAUGCCCAUGUGCGAGGAGACUGUGAGGGUUCAGGGCACGAGGAAUGCGACGUGUGCAUCGUUGCUGGCGGGGAGGCAGCCGCCGCUGAGUGCGCUGGAGCUCUACCGCAUGAACCCCGGCAUCUACUGCCACCGCCUGCUUCCGCCCUCCAUUGAAUCUGGCUUUCUGGGCUCCGAGUUCCUGGAGGAGAGGUAA